GGCCAGACGUCUGCGGCGGCGCGCUGGCCGCCCUGGUGCACUUCCUGCUGGGGCUGGGGCGGUCGGGGGCCUCCCUGCUGCCGCGGGCGUCGCGAGCCGCGCUGGGCUGGAGUCGCGCCCCGCCGUUCACGCGGCUGCCGAUGCAGCGGGCCGCCGUGGGUGCGAUCGUGGUCCGCCUGAUCUACCGCGUCCUCCUUCGGGCUGCCCUGCUGACCGUGGUCGCCCACGUGUGCUACUUGACCCCGCAGGGGAUGAUGCAGGCGCGCGGGCGCCACCUCGUCGCCCCCGCGGAGGCCGGGGAGACGGGGGUGUGCGACGACGCUGUGGUCAUCGACCUGGGCACCUGGCUGUGCCCCGCGCUGGCCUGUGUCCGAGCGACGCGGAGGCCUGGCGACCUCGUCGUGGACUUGAGCUUCUCGGACUGCAGCCGGACUUUCGUCGAGGCCGCCGCGCUUCAGGAGCUUGGCCCGAUCGAUCGUCGCCCGUGUCAACAGCGGCGCGGGGGGGCAUCGGAGGACCUGGCGCUGGGGCGCCGCUCGGCCGAGCAGGUUCGCCUCCUCGGGCGGCGGGCCACGUUCGUGUCAGUGGAAGGGCGCGCCGGGGGCGCGCGGCUGCUCGACGUCCUCAGCUCGGUGGAGCCAGAGGUGUUCGCGUGCGGCGACCUCGCGCUGAACUCCCGGUCGGUGCUCGUGCGCCGCGGCAGCGGCCUGCCUGCGGGCGCGCCGCCUCAGGCGGCGGCGCCGAUGCGCGGGCUGCCCGUGCCGCCGCCAGAUCGCGCGGAGGCGCCCCGAGGCGCCGUGGGGGUGAUCCAGCACCUCCAGGGCGCCCUGGCCUCCGAGCUGCGCCAGGCCGUCCACGUGCGCCGCUUCGCCUUCCCGGAGAUGUUCGCGGGGUCGGCCCAGCUCGGA